UAACCUGGUGUCCUACUCUGGACUUGGGUCUUUGAAACAGAAUUCUCCGUCCGAAUGGUGAGCGUGAUAUGACCACCUCCUUGGUCUUGAAUCCUCGCUGGGCGGACACGGUUAUGUUUGUGUAUGAAAACAACUUGGAUGAGCUGAACAAGAACAUGGAGGGUCUGGUUGGUAGCAAUUUCGCGGCCAACCAGUGCAGGAAUCUGAUGGCCCACUCCGCUCUGGGGGGUCACCCCUCUAGCCUGGUGCACAGCUCCGGCUACUCCGCGGUGGAUGUAUCGGGCUCAAGCUCCGGGGAACCAGGCAAACAGUGCACACCAUGCCCCGCGGUCCCUAAGGCUCCUCCACAGGUCCCACUACCCUAUGGGUACUUUGGCAACGGCUAUUAUCCCUGCAGAAUGGGGCGGGGUUCGCUCAAGUCCUGCACCCAGCCCAGCGCGCUCAGCUACUCUGCGGAAAAAUACAUGGACACCCCGGUCACGUCUGAAGAAUACCCGAGCCGGGCUAAAGAAUUCGCGUUUUACCACGGAUACCCAAGUCCCUACCAGUCCAUGGCGAGCUACCUGGACGUGUCGGUGGUGCAGACUCUCGGGACAGGAGAGCCCCGUCACGACACGCUGCUUCCAAUGGACAGCUAUCAGCCGUGGGCACUGACGAAUGGCUGGGGCGGCCAGAUGUACUGCUCCAAGGACCAGAGUCAAGCCGGACACCUUUGGAAAUCUGCGUUGGCAGAUGUAGUGGCCCACCAACACGAUGGCAACUCCUUUCGUCGCGGUAGAAAGAAAAGGAUACCGUACACCAAGGUGCAGCUAAAGGAACUGGAAAAAGAGUAUGCCGCCAACAAAUUCAUCACGAAAGAUAAGAGGAGAAAGAUUUCAGCAGGAACCAACUUGUCGGAAAGGCAGAUUACGAUCUGGUUUCAAAACAGGAGAGUUAAAGAGAAGAAGUUCGUGGCCAAAGUCAAGACCAGUGCGCCGUAGACAGCCAGGCUUGAGCAAGACGAUUUGGACGAGGGACAUUGUUUUUGGUGUAUGAACAAAAAAUGAAGGAAAGAAAACGUCGACGUGGUACCUUUUUUGGAUUGGGAUUUGGUGUGCUAUUUUGCCUGCGCAAUUGCAUCGCCAAUUCGUCUUUUGAAAAGAAGAAAUAAAACAAGAACCAAGCCCUCUAAAGACAAUGUUUUAGGGGCCUGUAAAUACAGCACUUGCCUGCUUUAAUGUAACACUUACGUCUGCUUAACUGUUUAACUCGUGCUAUACAUGGAGGCAUAUAUAGGCUAUAUGUUAGGUAUGUCAAUGUUGUUACUGCAGUAGAAUAGGAAACGUAUUAUGCAAUCAUAUUCCCAAUCUAUACUGUUUAUAACGCUUGUAAAACAGUACUUAUAAAAAUAUAGCGUAAUGCUUAAUAAAUUGUUUUAAUCCCAGUAUGUUGUAUAAAUUAAAUUUUACUUCGUGGAAUA